AUGGAGCAAAGUCAUUUUGGAGGCUCAAAGCCCAACGGCGGCUCCAGCAAUGGCACCGGUGACGCUUUUGGGCAAGCAUCUGGAGUCUCGCAAUACACAUUGCCCGGAGUAAUGCAAUAUUUGCAGUCGCAAUUUACCACAGUGGAGCGUAAUCGGAUGAUGUCUGAUUUAGAGAGGUCGGCGCUGAAGCUUCGUAUUGUAGAGCUCGAAAGCGAGAGAAAUACGCUCAAACUCCAAAAUGAAAAGCUGAAAGCUCGUGUGGACGAGAUGGAAAAGGGACACACUCGUACGAAAGAGCCUUCGAGAGAUGAAUCAAGUGUUGAUCAUCUACUCGCUCCGGAUAACGUGGACGUAACAAGGCUUGUGAAGGCAAGACAAUUCCUAAGAACGGCCACAAACGAGAUUCUUUACAUGCUGAAAAGUCCGACGGUCGAGCUUUCGGACCCAUUGCAUCUUUCUAAAGAUGAGACGUACGAAUUCUACUCUAACCUGAACGCUCGCUCAACGCCAUCUCAGAAGACCAGCACGUUAUCUUCUCAGGACAGUGCUGCCGCGGAUUACCUAGAUAUGGCUAUUUCACUAGAAGCCAAGGCCAAGCCCCACAAUGACACCAAUCACAAGGUUCCUGCACAGGCUGUUGCUCCGCCGGCCAAAACCACGGUUAUUCUAGGCGAAGCCAUCGGCAAAUGUUUCCUGGUCGAUGGCUUGUUAUUUGCAUAUCUACCGGACAAGAAAUGCAUCAACGUUUGGUCUAGCUUAGAAAACGGUGUUGAAUUGAAACACUCCAUCUUGAUCGGCUCCACGAAGGUGGAGGACAUGGUUUAUCACAAGGAGAUGCUGAUUGUUCUGAGCGUCAAGCAGGUUCUGGCAUUCAAGCUGGAGGCAAAAGAAAACGCACUUCCUCUUGCCACGUACGAAUGGGACGAACGUAUCCAGUUUGUCGAUUUUAGGGAGGAUAGACUCGUCGCUGUUUUUGAUGACAAGGUCGAAAUACUCAAGCUAGAAUGUCAAGAUGAAUGUUUUGAGCCGGUUUAUGCAAUUGACCGCAACUCCGACAUCAAGUUUUUGGCAGCCAAGUUCACAAACCUGCACGAUUAUGAUCUUGCGAUUCUUUCCAACAAAUCGUUGAUUUUGCGCAACACAAAACAGCAGUUCAAAAGCAAACUUACCAAAACGAAAGCAUGGAAUGCGACAACCUUUGACAAUGUCAUCGUGACACCCGAGUAUGUUCUCUCAAGAGAAAAAACAGCUCUCUCUUGCAUUUGGUACAAAGACCUCUCUUCUGACAAACGCGAAAUUGAAGAGCUCUCAGAGAAUGCCCAGCUCGGCUUUUCACUUGAUGACCCAGGACUGGUGUUUGUUUGGAGUCCGAAAAACGAUGGCUCACAGUUGCUAUUCUAUCAAUGGACUAAUGAUGAGUGCAGCGUUUCCUCCCAGAUGGAAUUGGACGAGCAGUUCAAAGAGGUGUGUGUGGGACAGUUUGGCGGCAAAGGAGCUGUUGUAGGAGCUUCAGGAACCGGAAUCUCUCUUUUCAAUGAAUGGGAAAUAAUUUAA